AUGGCGGUCCCGCGCUCCCUGAACAAGAACAAUUCUGCCGUAAAGCGCAUCAUGCAGGAGGCGCGCGAGCUCGCUGCCGACCCGAGCACCGACUAUGACGCAGCGCCGCUCGAGGACAACAUCUUUGAAUGGCACUGCACACUCCGCGGCCCCCCUGGCACCGAUUUCGCCGGCGGGCUCUACCACGCCCGCGUCAUGCUCCCCGCCGAAUACCCCUUCCGCCCACCAAGUAUCAUGCUCCUCACCCCGAACGGGCGUUUCGAACUAAACACCAAGAUCUGCAUCAGUUUCACAAACUACCACGAGGAACUUUGGCAGCCUGCCUGGGGCGUCCGCACAGCGAUCAUAGGCCUGCAGGGAUUUUUCCCGCUCAAGGGGCAGGCAGCCGCCGGGGUCGGCGCGCUCGAAGUACCUGCCGCGGAGCGCAGGCACCUCGCUACGAUGUCGAGAGAAUGGGUGUGCCCGCACUGCAACCGCACGAACCUCGAGAUGCUCCCGGACCCGCCCGCUGAGCCCGAUGCCGACUCGACCCCUAUUCCUGCCCCUGAUCCUAGUGCUGCCGCUCCCGCCACCGCCAGCGCUGCAUCCGCCGAGAACGCGGAUCAAGAUGCGUCGGCUAGAGCGUCGGCAGCGCCCGCGGGUCCUGAUCCGGAGGCAGGCGCGGCGAGGGAGGCGAGAACGGAGCCGGGAGCGGGAGCUGCAGAAACAGAAACAGAAACAGAAACAAGAACAGAAACAGAAAUGACGAAGACGGAAGGAGCGGCGACGGGAAGAGCAACGGGCGCGGAAGCUGGAAUGGAAGCCGCGACGCGAUCGGAGCAGGCGCCCGCUGGGGCGUCUGCAGGGGCAGAGACAGCGCCCGGCGCAGCGCUGCAGGCAGAGGCCCGCCCGGUCAGGGUAACUGCACAUGCUCUUCCGUCUGCUGCGUCGUCGGCGUCGUCGGCGUCUUUGUCUGCGAGCGCCACGCCCGAACGUACAUUGACUCCCCUCGCGUCGCGCACCCACACGAGCGCGCCACGGCGGCCGCCGCUCCUGCUCGACACCGCGAUCUGCGUGCUGCUCGUGUUGAUGUUCGCGCUGAUCUGCCGGCGGCCCGAGAGGGCGAGAUCCGCCGUCGCUGUCGGUCGUGCGGGGCGCGGUUCUCUGUUCGGGCUCCGCGCUGCUCGCGCCCAGGAUGAAGCGGAACUGCUCGUCGUUGGAGAUUUGCCUUAUCGCCUGGAGAGGGGCGGGCCUGUGGCCGCUCUGAGUAAGUGA